AUCCGCCUCUCCGCGCCCGCCGCCAUACAGGUGACGGUGCGGGACGCGCUGAACCAGGCGCUGGAUGAGGAGCUGGAGCGGGACGAGCGCGUCUUCCUGCUGGGCGAGGAGGUGGCUCAGUACGAUGGGGCCUACAAGAUAUCCAGGGGUCUCUGGAAGAAGUACGGGGACAAGAGGGUGAUCGACACCCCGAUAUCAGAGAUGGGCUUCACAGGAAUCGCUGUCGGUGCCGCUAUGGCGGGGUUGAGACCGGUGUGUGAAUUCAUGACGUUCAACUUCUCCAUGCAAGCAAUCGAUCAGGUUAUAAACUCCGCAGCCAAGACCUGCUACAUGUCUGCGGGAUCGAUCGCUGUUCCCAUCGUCUUCCGGGGCCCCAACGGCGCCUCGGCUGGCGUCGCCGCCCAGCACUCCCAGUGCUUCGCAGCGUGGUAUGGACACUGCCCAGGGCUGAAAGUCGUCAGUCCUUGGAGCUCAGAAGAUGCUAAAGGUCUGCUGAAAGCAUCAAUCCGGGACGAUAAUCCAGUUGUGAUGCUGGAAAAUGAAUUACUGUAUGGUGUUCCCUUUGAAAUGUCUGAACAGGCACAGUCAAAGGAUUUCAUUGUUCCAAUUGGAAAAGCUAAAAUAGAAAGGCAAGGAACUCAUGUUACAUUAGUGUCACACUCAAGACCUGUCGGACAUUGUUUGGAAGCAGCUGCUGUACUUGCCAAAGAAGGUGUAGAGUGCGAGGUUAUAAACCUGCGCACCAUUCGCCCAAUGGAUAUUGAAACAGUGGAAGCCAGCGUUGUAAAGACAAACCAUCUCGUCACCGUAGAAGGAGGUUGGCCACAAUUUGGAGUAGGAGCUGAAAUCUGUGCCAGGAUCAUGGAAGGAUCUGCCUUUAACUACUUGGAUGCUCCAGCUGUGCGUGUUACCGGUGCAGAUGUUCCUAUGCCUUAUGCAAAAAUUUUAGAAGAUAACUGCAUACCUCAGGUGAAGGAUAUAAUAUUUGCAGUGAAGAAAGCUUUGAAUAUCUAAGUUGUAAAUACAUGUUUUAAAGUUCUCCUUUACAAAGUGUUAAUGGUGUUGGGCAAGUUGUAUGCAUAACUUCUGUUGUAUAGCUACAUGAACUUUUUGUACAGUGGGGAAGCUAUUGUGACCUCCCAGGGUAUUUAUAUGGGGUUACCCUCUAAGCCACACGUCAUAGAAGCAACAGUGUGGUAAUGCUUGUUUGUUCAACAGUACAGGUGGGAGAAAUCCUAUUCUGAAUUCAAAAUGAGGAAAAAAUCCUCCAUUUCUGCUUGGGUUGUAAUUACCAGGCUAGCUGUGGCAGUGGUAGUUGAGGGAAGAGGUCUGGAGUCUGGUCCCAGAGUGCUGCAGGGCUCUCGAGGAGCUCAUGGUCAUAAGGCUUAUUAAAGGUGAAUGGUCGAACUGGAGUGAGUGGAGCCAUGCUUUUCAGUUCACUGAAGUGCAACCCUCUGCACAUCGUGGCUGUGGAAGCCUGCAGGAUGGGUUAAGAAUGGGAACGAGCACUCUGCUCACAUGGGAAAGCUUCUGCGCAAGAGCUUAGAUAAAGAUCCUGCUCCUCUGCAGUACAUAACAGGAAACACUACCUAAUUUUUCUUUACUAGCUGCCACAGUGAUUA